AUGGCUGCAGGUGUGGCAUUGCCUAAAGCGUAUCUUUGGAAUGAACUUAAAUCUCUAACGAUAUUAAUUGUUCCGGUUAUGUCCUGGAUGUGGGUUGUCAGCGCUCUUGCCAUAUGGUUUUUCAUACCUAAUGUCUCAUUUUUAGAAGCACUUAUGAUUUCUUCAUGUGUUGCUCCAACCGACCCGGUGCUGGCGAAUAGUGUAGUGAAGGGACGUUAUGCGGAAAAACACGUUCCAAGUCACGUAAGGAAUAUUGUUUCAGCCGAGAGUGGUGCAAAUGACGGUCUCGGAUACCCUUUUCUUUUUUUCUCGAUUUAUCUAAUGCAUAUGCCUCCAGGCCAAGCGAUAGGAAAAUGGUUUUAUUAUAUAUUAGGAUAUCAGAUAAUUCUCUCUAUUAUAAUUGGAUUUGUAAUUGGAUAUGUUGCACGCAAAUUACUUUAUUAUGCCGAGGCUAGAAAAUUGAUUGAUAAAGAAAUCUUUAUGACAUAUGCUAUUGUAUUGGCUUUAUUUAUUAUGGGCGCCGUUUCAUUGAUCGGAAGUGAUGACAUAUUGGCUUGUUUUAUUGCUGGAAAUUCCUUUACUUGGGAUGACUGGUUUCGUAAAGAAACUGCUGAAUCACACUUUCAAGAUGUCAUCGAUUUGUUACUUAACUUAGCCAUUUUCGUUUACCUUGGCACGAUAAUACCAUGGUCAUCGUUCAAUAAUGAAGUUUUAGGAUUGUCCUACUGGCGCCUGAUUGUAAUUUCCGUCAUUAUACUCUUAUUUCGUCGCCUUCCUAUCGUAAUGGCUUGUUUGAAAGUAAUUCCCGCUUUAAAGACACAUCGCGAAGGUAUAUUUGCUGGUUGGUUUGGUCCUAUCGGAGUUGGUGCCGUCUUUUAUGCUCAAGUUGCUAAAGAACAAUUUGCCGAAACUGAUCCAGCGCGUGAACUUAUCCUUCCAGUUGUUUUCUUCCUUGUAAUUUCUUCAAUCACGAUUCAUGGACUUUCCGUUCCAAUGAUUAAAAUAGGAAAACGUGUAAAUACGAUUACAAUAUCAAGAACUAAAAGUCAUCAAGGUCAGGAUGAGUUUAUAAGAUCAAAAAUAAUACAAAGAACUUCAAAUUCCACUUCAAUAACGCGAACACAAGCCAAUGAACCCGAAAAGUCAAUUGCUGAGAAAGAUAUUAUCCCAGAUUUCAGUAUUGAUAUCAAUACCAAUGAUUUAAAUGAACGAAUUUUAGCAGCACUUCCACUUGACUUUGAUCGAGAUAGUCAUGAAUUUUCAAUUUAUGAGGAGGAUGACAAUUUUAUUGUUGAAGAUGAAACAGAAGGAAAAGUUUACGUGAUCAAAAAUUCGCAAGCAACGCCUGCAACAACUCAAGAAGCUUCUACAACUGAUAACGAACCACAAAAAUUUUCUAACUUUUUUUCCUUAUUUAAAAAAUCACACGAACAAAAUGAUCGAUGA